AAAAUAAUUUAACAGUGGCAAGACAAGCCAAAGCUUGCAAGAACACAUCAGUGACACUGUAUCACGCUGGCACUAAUUAAGAGUAGUGGAGAGGUAGCACUUCAGGCAGGGAAGGAGUUAACAAAAUAAAGGGCAGUUUGCAGGGGAGAAGUUGGAGUUCAUUGUUCCAGGCUCUGCUGUGGAUUUCCUUUUUAUCCUUUCAUCUCUGAGCCUUGGCUCUCAUCACAAAGGGGGUUGCUAGUCCUUCCUAUUUCUAUUUUCAUUUAGACUGUGAGCCCUUCAAGGCAUGGACUGUACCUUAACCUGUGUGCAGUGGCACAGUGGGAAAGCUCUGUUGGGAGGGAGCUAUAAAUAGUGAGCCUGGCCAGCCCUGUGGCAUCCAUGCUUGCUAUAAUUGCCUGGUUUGCACUGCUGUGACAAGUGUUAGUUCAGCUGUCAGGGAAAGAAGGAACUGAAAUGUAUUGCCGCAGACAGUUUCCAGCUCUCGAGUUGCCUGUUGAGCUUCAGUUUGGGCCCAGUUCUCCCUCCUGCCUCGGGGAGUUCUUUUUCUAACUGUGUGUGAAUGAUGAUUCCCGGCAUCUGCCCAGCAUGAUUCAGGCAGUUCCAUUUCAGAAGCAGCUUUGUAGAGGGCUUCUCGUGGUGCUGCCUAUUUCAGUCUUUAACUUAUGCCUCAGCACCAUGCUCAUUUAUUUUGUCUUUUGCCGCUUGCUAGAGGAGGUUGAUUCUGCAGCAACCAUUUUUUCUAUCAUUCCUGACAUCACUGUGGUUUUGUUACUACGUGGUCACAUGAAGAAUUAAAUGAGUUAAGGGGAGAUAGCGGGUUAAAGUAAUGGCAGUGUCCAAGACCAUCCUUCCUCUCUGAACACAUUUGGAUGUUCUUUCAGAAUGGCUUGCUAGUGGGUUCAAGUGAUGAAAGGUUAAAAUAGAGAUUCUCUCUCUGCUUUCACUUCUCUGCUGAGAUAUGAGUAAACAAUCAUGAGGGUGUUGCUGCUUGUUCUUUGCAAAGGAAAUUACUUCCACUUGAACUCCAGUGGAGGUGGCUUAAGAAAACCUGGUUUAUUCUGUGCUAUAAAAUUCCUCUAAUGAACGUUAAAAUUUUGUGCACCAUGUUCAUACCCUUUUGGAAGUGAAUUAAGUGAAAAUAAGUUGCUCUGGUCCUGCCUAUACAUAUCUGUCAACAGAAGUGGCCAUUCAUUUCAAUAGCUUUGAACAACAGCCACUCGUGAACUUGAUUCAAGGUGGCAAAAGCCAGCUUGUCUCCUGCUUGGAGACCAUCUCUCCAAAUAACACAGGCUUCAUCCAGUGGGUAGCUGCAAGCAAAAUGCCAGUGUGAAUGUGUGCUGGCAAAGUAAAAAUGUCAAGAGCUGUCAGGCACAGCCUCUUGCAGUGCCUUUUCUGCUGCCACAACAUCUGAGAGUCAAGAGAUGUGGUUCCAGCAAUUCAGCAGUAUUGGCAACUAGAACCUGGCAGAAGGAGAACAAGGAGGAUAAAUGCAUGCCAUUUUCCUGGCUCCCUCCUGCUUCCCACUUUUCCCAAGAUGUAGGACUCUCCCUUGGCUAGUUUCAGGAGCUGUGCUUUGAAGAGGCCUGGGAAUGAACUCUGAGAGGUGACUAAGCCCAUCUCCUCCUUCCCCUGCCAAUACAGGCCUUCCUCCUGACUCAGUAAGUUAAAUCUCAUCUAUUUGGCACAGCCCCUGAGGUACCAGACGUAACAGCAUCAAGAAAAUUAGCUUCUCAUCCAAAGCACGAGCUGUCCAGUUGAGUUAGUGUUACUGUAAGGGUUCUUUAUUGCUCUUCUUUCUCUAUAUUCACUGAUAAUGUUUGGAUAAAUACCAUGUGGCCAGUGUGGUUUGAGCAACCUUAUACUGAGGAGAAUAGGAACAUGUUCUGAGUUGCUUGUACUGUGCUGGCUGCCAGAACCUGGUCUCCAUUUACAAAAUAUUUUGCAUAUACAAAGGUGAAGGAAGGUCUUCUCUCUCCAAAAGCUACCAGAAGCAAAACCAUCUUGAUACGAACAGCAGGAAUCCAACAGUUCUGCAACUAUGCAGAUUUUUUUCUCCUGCUCCCCUAUUGAUUUAUUAUGUGAAUUCAGGCAACUGUAACUUUGCAACCCCUGCUAUUUAUCUUUCCUUAUAGCAAGCACAGCAGUACAUCUGCCUCUUGGAUCGCUGACUGAAGCCUCAGUAAUUUGAGUACUUGGAUCAAAGUAGUCCGAUAUCCUUGGACCAAAAGCCCUACAUGCUAUUAAGAGCGCUUUGCACUAAUUAAACUUAAUAAAAAUCUUCCUGGGUCUUCCUACUUCCAUUUUGCAGAUGAUGAAACAGAGGAUUUAGGUCAGAUGACAGACCAGGAGGUAUGUCGUUCAGUUUUAUAAAUAGUUCUUAGAAAUAAUUUUUUUGCUAACUCUAUUUCCAUAUAACAUUGGGGGUGGGUUUGGGGGAAUCAGCAAUCAAAUCAUGACUUAUCUCCAAGAUUAAACUAUAAAUUUAUGUAGGUCAAGGAACCUAAAGUGGUGUUUUCCACUAGGUGGUGGUAGACAGCAUUUUUUAAGGGUUAUUUGCUCUCAUUUUAUUUACCUCAUAGAAUAGAAACCCAGGGUCUGCCCAGUUCAGUGUUCUCUUCCCCUUACAGUUAUUCCUCCAUAUUCCAGAGGAAGAAGCAAAAACAUCAUUGCUGGUGCCAUUGAUGCUAGUGAUACUUAAAAAAGCAACCCGAAUGUCCCAGCUGGAUUACUGAGCACUUUUGUGAUUCCUGGAGGUGCUGCUAUUUAAAUAAGUAAUUGUCCUUAGUACUUGGCCUUUCAUCGCAGAAGCAUCCGCUUGGGUACUGUAUGCAAGUCCUUGACAUUCUGGAAACCAUGGGGAUUGGUAAGAAUACCACUUCGAAAUCAGUGGAGGCGGGAGGCUCAACAGAGGGCAAAUACGAGGAUGAAUCUAAACAUCCCACCUUUUUCACCCUGCCUGUCGUGAUAAAUGGUGGAGCAACAUCCAGCGGUGAUCAGGAUACAGAAGACACAGAGUUGAUGGCCAUCUAUACUACAGAAAAUGGCAUAGCAGAAAAGAGCUCUUUGGCAGAGACGCUGGACAGCAGUGGCAGUUUAGAUGCACAGAGAACUGACAUGAUUUACACUAUCGAAGAUGUUCCUCCUUGGUAUCUCUGCAUAUUUUUGGGGUUACAGCAUUACUUAACAUGUUUCAGUGGAACUAUAGCAGUGCCGUUUUUGCUAGCUGAUGCCAUGUGUGUUGGAUUUGACCAGUGGGCUACCAGCCAGUUGAUUGGGACCAUUUUCUUCUGCGUGGGCAUCACUACAUUGUUACAAACAACUUUUGGGUGCAGGUUGCCCUUGUUUCAAGCAAGUGCUUUUGCAUUCUUAGCACCUGCUAGAGCAAUACUCUCCCUGGAGAAGUGGAAAUGUAAUAAUACAGAUAUAACAGUUACAAAUGGAACAACAGAACUGCUUCACACUGAGCACAUCUGGUAUCCCAGAAUACGAGAGAUCCAAGGUGCUAUUAUCAUGUCCUCCCUGAUAGAGGUGGUCAUCGGUUUGCUUGGCCUUCCCGGCGCCCUGUUGCGAUACAUUGGACCUCUGACCAUCACACCAACUGUUGCUCUCAUCGGCCUCUCCGGUUUCCAAGCUGCUGGAGAAAGAGCGGGCAAGCACUGGGGUAUUGCGAUGUUGACCAUUUUCCUAGUAUUGUUGUUUUCUCAGUAUGCCAGAAAUGUCAAAUUUCCCUUACCCAUUUACAAAUCCAAGAAAGGAUGGACAGCAUACAGGCUGCAGCUUUUCAAGAUGUUCCCUAUUAUUUUAGCGAUUUUGGUGUCAUGGUUGCUUUGCUUUAUCUUCACUGUGACAGACGUCUUUCCCCCUGACAGUUCGAAGUACGGCUUCUAUGCUCGCACAGACGCCCGACGAGGAGUGCUGUUGGUAGCUCCGUGGUUCAAGGUUCCUUAUCCUUUUCAGUGGGGACUGCCAACAAUUUCAGCCGCUGGAGUAAUAGGAAUGCUUAGCGCAGUUGUUGCUAGCAUUAUUGAAUCAAUAGGAGAUUACUAUGCCUGUGCCAGGUUGUCUUGUGCGCCUCCUCCACCUAUUCAUGCAAUAAACAGAGGGAUUUUUAUUGAGGGUCUUUCCUGUGUUCUGGAUGGAGUAUUUGGGACAGGGAAUGGAUCCACUUCUUCCAGCCCUAACAUUGGUGUCUUGGGCAUCACAAAGGUUGGAAGCCGCAGGGUUAUUCAGUACGGAGCAGCCUUCAUGCUCUUGCUUGGGAUGGUUGGCAAGUUCAGUGCUCUCUUUGCCUCGCUGCCUGACCCCGUGCUUGGUGCCCUCUUCUGCACUCUCUUCGGGAUGAUUACAGCCGUGGGUCUGUCUAACCUCCAGUUCAUAGAUUUAAAUUCUUCUCGUAACCUGUUUGUACUUGGAUUUUCCAUUUUCUUUGGGCUUGUCCUUCCAAGCUAUCUCAAACAAAAUCCACUGGUCACAGGAAUAGCAGGCAUUGAUCAAGUAUUAAAUGUUCUUCUCACUACAGCCAUGUUUGUCGGUGGCUGCGUUGCAUUCAUUUUGGAUAAUACCAUUCCAGGAAGCCCUGAAGAAAGGGGAAUACGAAAAUGGAAGAAGGGGGUUGGUAAAGGAAGCAAGUCACUGGAUGGCAUGGAAACAUAUGAUUUGCCUUUUGGCAUGAACUUCAUUAAAAAAUACAGGUGUUUCAGCUUCCUGCCCAUCAGCCCUACCUUCCUGGGUUACACGUGGAAAGGCUUCAGGAAAAGCAGUAACUGCAGGAGUUCAGAUGAAGACUCAGAAGCUACAGUAUAGCCUUAGUUGAAAUUAUAUUAUCUAGUUGUAGUAAAAGAUGUAUUUGCAGUUUCUUGCUGAUUAAGAAGCAUUAAAAUAUAUGUUUUGUAUAUCUGCAUUUAAAUUCUGGAACCAGAGCUGAGACGGAUUUAAAAAAAAAAAAAAAAAAAAAAAGCUUUCCUGUUGUGGGUGGUGGUAGCCAGAUCUAGUGUCUCUGGGUCAAAUUUGCAAAUGCUCCUCUGUUUGAUUUUUCAAAAGCUAUAGAUACCUGCAUACCUAAGUCUGUUUAUUUGAAAUGGGGCUUAGGUGCCGGAAGUAUGUAGGUGCUAUUGAAAAAUGUUACAUUUAGGGUGAUUUUAUUUAAGUCAUUGAUGCUGGCGUUUUUGGCGCAUUCAUUGCUGGCGAUGUUAGUUACACCAGAAAACUGAAUUAUGUGAAGAGGGGCGGAAAAAAAUGUUCUUCUAGUCAUGUCAAAUCCCUUAUAUACUGUCUUCUACUUACUGAUUUGCACAUUCCAUAUUUUCAGCCCCCUGGAAACCAGGCUCAGUUGAUACUGGCAAAUCAUGGGAGUAUUUUUUUGAAUUACCGAUAGUUCAGUGAGAUGCCUAGUGUUAAGACAGAAAGUUUCUGUAGUAACUUUGCCGACGAAAACUAUGACCGACUUUUGAUAGUUGAGUGCUGUAGAAGGAACCACUCAUUUCAUAUCAGUUUGCAUUUUUAAACGUGUGGUUUUUCUGCCUGCCAUUUAACCACCUAAUUAUGGUAUCCAGGUGCAGGUUUUCUUUAAAGGGACACGUGUAGCUUGUGUUUCACAGAGAUGGGAAACUUCUGACUUCCAGGUAGGACCUGAUAACAGUUUUUUACAGUGCAGUGCCUGUACCCAGCAAGACGUUUCCUGGACAAAAAUGAGAAUUUGUUGAGCAGUUCUAAGCAGUUAGCAGCUGUAUGCAUGCAGAUUUCUUUCCCUGCAGGGGAAGCUGUGCGGUCACAGCGCUGCCGGCAUUCACUGGUUUGGAUCAGUGCAGAAUUUUCUUGAUAGGAUAUCAAGAGCCUAUGGUGCCCAUGAGCAGCUCGUGCUGCAUUGCCUCUUUUUCUGCUCUCUUGGUGGGGCUUCUCGUUACUGCAGCAGGAGGGGGUCUUGAACGGCAGAGACACUACAUUUGAUGUCCUCAUCCACUGGAUGGUUUAACGGGUAUUGGGUCCAAUCAGGGCACCAUUCAGAUUUUUUUUUUUUCCUGGAAUAGUCUCAGCUCUGAUGUUAUGUGGGUGUUCAUGCUCAUCAUGCAUUCAUAAUUAAAAGUUUUAUUCAUGUUUAAUGUUCUUACUAUUGCAAGUUAGUUUUAGACUUCAGUGUGGCCCCAAAAGCAUUUUUAAGCUGUGGAGAUCAUCAGGGAAAUGUAGUGUAAUGUAAUUUCAAGGCCAGUAUGCUCUACGGUGCUUGCGUUUUGUAUUCCUGGAAAAAGCAUAACAGUAGAUCCUGUAAUUCACUAAUAUAUUUAUCGAAGUUUGACUACUGGACAGGAGCACAGGAACUCUGUUUUCUCUGAGUCUACUUCCAGGUGAAUUUGUUAUUGGUUAUUGAAGCAUGGAAGGGUUGGGGUGGGGAGGGCAAGGAAGGAGCUUAACGGAUCAGUACUCAAUAGUGUAGAGUCGGAAUGAUUCUGUUGAUAUCGUUCUCAGCAUGCCAUGGCUGUUUCCAGAAACUAUUUUAUACCGCUUUUUCCAUAACGAAGCAUGUGUUUGUUCCUGCUUCAGGGAACCUUCAGUAGUUUGCAGUCUUGGUGUCAAUUGGACUAUCUCGAAAGCUGGUCGGAAGAGUUAUUGUGUAGUAGACAAGGUUAGUUUGCCUGUGAAACAAAGUCAUUUUUAUAAUUUUUAAAUUUUUCCUCUUCAGGUAGUGAGCUGUUAGAUUUCUACAUCCACUUGCAGAUAGUUUUGAGUGCGGAGACCUCUAAUCAGUGGCACGAAGCUUCCAAAUUUCCCAACUUUUAUGUGCAACCAAAGAUGUGUGGGAGACAUGGGAGAGUUAAAUAUAUAUAUAUGUAUAUAUAUAUGUGUGUGUGUGUAUAUAUAUAUAUAUAUAUAUAUAUAUAUAAAAAAGGAAAAAAAAAAAAAAAGCCACCUAUGUACCGUGGUUGUAAUGAUGUAAAAUGCCAAAGUUGGUUAUCUUACAAAUGUUGAGAAAGGGGAGGCAAAAGUGUCUUAUUUAAAACGGUGCCACCUCAAAAAUAUUGAAAUGUCAAGUCCGGUGAUGCUGCUGGGCACAGGAUGCAGCAGUGACACCUGUGUCCUGAGCCUUUUCUAACUUCUCCCCCCCCCCCCCCAAAUAUUCUUUGAUAACUUAAACACGUACGCACUGAAGAGACAAGGCGAUGAGAAGGAGCAUGUCUUCUCUCCCCUUUGGCUGAAGUAAAGCUGUGCGUGUUCUGUAUUGCCUUCACUUGAGAAUUGCCAAGACACUUCAGUCAAAUUACAGGGCAGUGAAUCCAAGGAUAUUUUUUUCUUCUCCCCGGAGCAGAACACCACCCCUUUCUUGCAGUGUAGGAAAGACUGUCCAGAUAGGUGAAGUCCAGUUUCUCUGUUUUAACUGUUGGAUUUAACGCUUUUUGUGACUUUGGGUCCUACUGUACCGGUUCUGUUGACUGGCUGAGAGAAGUGCAGUGGCGUUUGGCCGGCAUGUUUGCUUUUCUAGCCACUUAUCUUGGUAACACUAAAAUAAGUAGAUGUAGUUAGCCGUCAUUUUUGUAACCAAAUUUGUAUAUGUACCAACUCUCUCCACCUUCUUAGGAACACGAAUGGUUAAAGGUGAGCCAAGGCGAUCUGCUGAGGCACCUGUGAUGUAUAGCGAGGGGGUGGCUGCAGCACCUUGAGGUAGAGGGCACGGAGCUGAUGCGCAGGCGCCUCGGGAAGAGGAGCUCCCCCUUCCCCUCCCGAUGCACCUGAAGCUGUCCCUCAGCUGCCAGGGGAAGAAGAGGCGUUGCUUUUCUUUGAGAGGGAAGCAGCUCUGCGUUGGCCCUGGUUUUGUGCGGUCAUGGCAGGCGAUCGCGGGCCGUAAAUCCUCCUCCCCCGGCUCAGAGGCUGCGGUGGGGCUCAGGGCCCUGGCCGGGGGAGCGCGGCACGCAGCCGGAGCUGCUGCGCCGUGUGGUGCAGAGGAUUAACGUGCAGGUUUGAAAAGCUUUUAAACACUUCGUGUUUGCUGGCUACGCCCAGGCUGUGACGCAGAAGGGUGGCUGGAUAUAGAAAUCUGACUGCAAAUGCAAUACUCCGUUUUUCCUAUCUGUGUUACUGCCUGCCUUUCAAACAGCUAAACUGAUCAAAACCACUUAGGGAAGACGACACCUGAGAUGAGUUAAGAGGCAAUGAGAUGUUUCAACCAAACUUUAAGACGGAAGGGCAAAUAUUCAUGGUAGAAAUAUCAUUUUGUCAUAUCAAAGAUGGUAUCAGUGUAUGCAAAACAAAACAACUUGGGACUUUUGUAGUUGAUACUAUUGUACUUUUUUUUUUAGGUUAAAUUAAGGAUUCUUGCUAACAUGUUGAAACACGUUUUCUAAAGCAAAUACUUGCAAAUUAUACCUAUAGAAAUUUAUGUUUCAUAGCUAACAGCUGUGACUGAUUAAUGUUGUCAUAUUAGAGUGCAUUGACAGAGGAACUUAAUCAGGUACCUCUCUCAGAAAGUUCAAACUUUAAACCCAGAAUUUGCUUUACGCCUUUUAAUACUGACUUUAAAUAUGGCAACUUGGUUUGUACAUGAAUAUUGCAGUAUUUUAUUUCCAUAUAUUAAAAAUAACAUUUCCACUCAGGAUAAUGGUCGCAGUUUUCCUGAGAGGGAGUGGUAUGAUUGUCAUGACAAUGUCAUGUGAUGGUAGAAUUUCUUCAUUGACGAAUCUAUAGUAGUUGUGUAUACUUUAUUUCCCAUGUUUAUGUUCCUACCAAAAACUAAAGGGUUUCUUUAUUGUUCAUCUCCCUACUGAGAUCUUGGUACUCCCGAUGCAGAAUUGGCGCUUGCAAACUGAAAUCCUCAGUACUAUUUAUACCACAAGGAGCGUCAGUGAGUGCGACCGGUCAUUUGUAGCAUUGCAUCCUUAAUAUAAAAAAGCGUUGAAAACCACGUCGUUCGUGGUACAAACAGCACUCCGGGCACACGUGGUUUAAAAUAGCCGGCUUCUAGUGGUUUGAGUGAGCCAUUGGAUGCUUACGCACAACCUCUGCUUAACAUCAUUUGUGUAUCCAUGUAGAAAAUGCAUGUGACAGACCAGCACAACCUGUGGUGUUUCUUUUAUGUGGCCUUCUUAAACCAAAAGCAACUUUUUUUUUUUCUUUUUUCUUUUUUUUUUUUUUAAAGGGGGGAGGGAGUUGUGGGUCACUCAUAUUUGCAGAAAAUGUCCCACUCGGUGCAUGGUUCUUAGUAUUUCCUGGGGCGAGUGGCCGCUGGGGCCAUGGGCUGACAGGUCCUCUGUGCUCUCACGCUGGCAGAGCUGCGCUGGGUCGUUGCAGCGGUGGAGGAGGCCACGAGGUCGCCGGGGUUUCGCUUCUGCCCGUGACUCGAGACAGCGUAGUGCUGGGCUGCUUUUUGUAUCGGGGAUCCGCGUUCAGAGCCAUCCAAAAUAUUCCUGUCUAGUUCUGAUUUGACUGUGACUGUGCAUUGUCAUCCGUACAUAUUGAUAUGAGAGAUAUAUUUAGAAUUGCCUUGUGUACUAUCUGGCAUUUACUACAUCUUUCCAGGUAAAUCAUCUUGCUGCCAGUCCAAAUUAUUGUACUUUGUCUGUUUAUAACAACCUUUGGCGUAACAAACUAUUGACUGUUCUUAGGCAGUGGGGAUAAAUAUUUUUUUUCCAUGACUUUUUGUGACUGACUUUGGCUGUAAAACUUUUUUGUUAAACAGCAAGAGGUUUUCUGUUUUGUUUUGGUUUUGAUUUUUUUUUUUUUUUUUUGUUCUGAGAGGUGUAAUUCUUUUAUGGAGGGUUGUUUUUUUUUAUUUCAUAUUUUUUUCUAACAUUGCUUCAUUAAACAAUUAAAUAUUUAAAAAUGUAAUAUUUGGACCAGAUGUUGUGAAUAAUAGUAGAUAAAGCUAUUUUAUUCUGUAUUUUUAAAGCUGUUCAGUAUAAAUAAACGCGGGCAUAGAUGCA